UGCCUCUCUGUCUGUGUCGAAACGGAUAGGGGAAGGCAUCGACUCAAAACUGAAGCCUGCCGUUAUUUAGCAAAUAAUUCGACCACCCACCCUUUGAUACAGACCGAAACCCCCAGAUGGGAAACUGAUGUUGAUCGCCCUCGAUUAUUUUACUCCGUAAUUAUGUCCAAAAUUUUGCUAGCUAGCGAGACUAGCUAGAGAUGUUCACGUAAUUUGAUUCAGAACAACCAACCCUUCUUUCAGUUCAGGAUUUAAUCUAAGUUUGCCGGCGCGACCGAGAUACUCACGCAGUGCUCUCUGUAUGGACUGUAGGUAGCGUUCUGACGUUCUUAUUCUGUUUUAUUAUUUUAAUUAAACAUUGCUGCACAAACACGGCAGACGCAUAACCUUGACGGUAUUCGGAGAAAUAACGUGGAAGCCAAGAUACACAGUGCAUAUCCAUGAGCUCAGACUUCCAGCACUACAGUUUCAGAAUGCCGAAUAUAGGGUUUCAGAACCUGCCCCUCAAUAUCUACAUCGUGGUGUUUGGAACGGCCAUAUUCGUCUUCAUCUUGAGCCUGCUCUUCUGCUGCUACCUCAUUAGGUUACGGCAUCAGGCCCACAAGGAGCUCUACGCCUACAAGCAGGUUAUACAGAAGGAAAAGGUCAAAGAACUAAAUCUGCAUGAGAUAUGUGCGGUGUGCCUGGAGGAGUUCAAACAGAAAGAUGAGCUGGGGAUAUGUCCAUGCAAACAUGCCUUUCACAGGAAGUGCCUCAUUAAGUGGCUGGAGGUGCGGAAGGUGUGUCCGCUCUGUAACAUGCCCGUCCUGCAGUUGGCCCAGCAGCAGGGCGGCUCGGAGGCUCAGGAGCCCACACAGCAGCCCCUGCCCGGGGUGGAGAACCUGGUGUAGCGCCCCCCGCAGGGCACUGCCUUACCUCGCCCCUGUACAGGUACACAUGUAAAUGGCAAGGACAAGGAGGACUGACGUCACUAUGCAGAGACCAACGACACGUUCAUCUGCAACUUCACUUUUCUCUGCCUCGGUAAGGAGUUUGUUUUAUUUUGUGGACACUGAAGAAGAAACCGUUAUCUCGUCGGCCAAACUGGGGUCAAACCUGACUUUCACAACCAAAGCACUUUUUUUUCUAGGGUUACCAGCACAAGAGAAAAAAACUGAACUGACUAAAAAGCAAACAAACAACAAAACAUUUGAACACAAAUGGCUGCAUUUUCUUUUUUAUGUAACAAAAAAAAAAUUUUUUAACCAGCACUUUACAAGGACUCUUAAACCUAACUGCUUGUGAAGGUAGUAGCAAGGUCAUAUUUUGUAUUUUAUCAUUAACUUUAUUUGAGUUUCUUGUGUAUAGCACCACGUUGCUUUCAUUUUAACAGCAGAAGAUGUUUAAAGCGGUGUAAAAGGGACAGCAGCGUUUCCCGGAUGGAACACAAAGCGGUGACAUGUUUAUCUGAGGAGUGGAGAUGGAGAGCCCCUGGUUUUGUGGCUUGGUAUUUUUGCAGACUGAGCAGGAGCUGGUUUGGGUGAAAAGAGAAGGUUCUGGAUGCUCUGCAGCCUGUAUCCCACUAAUGUGAAUGUGAGUGAUGUGGAGAGGUGAUGUGGAAGUCCCUGCAGACCCCUCAGACUCUUCACUCGUGCCCUGAUUCUCUCUCUCGCUCUGAGCCUCACUUUCAUGCUCACUGGGAACUUCUCAGUUUUUCCCAGUGACAUGUUGUGUCACGCUAAUAGCUGCAUCUGGAAGUGUCUGUGCUGUAACUGGGAAAAGUGUGAUCAUCUGAAGUAAAAAUGCAACAAUGCCGUGGGAGAGCCAACGUGCCACAGUGCAGUUUUCACAUCCUGGGAUUUCCUCAUCAGCAGACUCGUAUCGCUCUUAGUCAUCUCUCCCCCGGGCUACCCUUCGCGUUAUGUAAUCGCAUAGGCUAAAUAUACAUUACGGCACCAAAACCAAAUUGAUGCCUGGUCUCCUGUGCCUCACGUGCCUGAGGUCUGCUCUGAUCUGUGUCAUGGUUUAUGUGCGGAUCAGCACGAGUGCAUAAACUACCUCCACUUAUGCAGACCACCUCCUCCGUCUGAACGUCACGCAGGAAGUCGAGGAACCUGACACUGAUGGAGCUGCAGCCAAUAAGGAGCUCUCCGUCUGUUACAUAACUCUGUGAAACCCCUUGGGCGUUGUUCGUAUCGCUUUGUGGGGGAAAGGUUGUUGACUAAAUGCUUGAUGAAGAACCCUUGGCGAACCAUAUUUUGCAUUUGCAAACACAAGAAAAAACUUUUCAUAGAUUUGAGACUUUCACCUAAAGGUGUGGGAAGAGACUCGCAUUGAAAUAGUUUUCCCCGUUGUAAAAUAUAAAAGACUAAACCCAUAGUAAUAUAUGUAAUAUGUAAUAAUAUAUCUCUAAUCCAAACAAUUGUGGCCAUUGGCUCUGACACCGACUCAUUGACAUUGCUGUGUAAGAUACCAGCCUAAAAGUGCACGUCUAACUCCCAAAUCAUUGUUGCAUUUUAUGAUCGAAAUGUAUCUACAGUACUUACUUGCUGAGGUCAUGCCAUAAAAGCUCUGUUUGAAGGAAAUUCUUCAGAUUUUUCUGGCAAACUCCCUGCUUGAGGAGUCCGCCUAUCUUGUCUCUUACGCCAGCUCCAGUUGUGACACUAUGCAAAGCAACAAAUGUGUAUCUGUUUGUUUCCACUUAUGUAGUAUCACAUAUCUUGUCAGAAACUGGUGUGAUCUUACAGCAUGAUUAUGACCUGAAAAAGGUCAGUCCUACUUUGAAAGACUUGGGGUUUUGAGUUUUUUUUGGCACUACAAUGGCACUGUAGGAAUGCUCUGCACAAAAUAACAGACAAAAGAGGCUGUGUGCGGUUUACCAGUUUGGAUUUGUUCACAUUUAUAAAAUUCAAAAGUUAAGCUCUGGCCUUGACCUGACAUUCCAGUACAGCAUAUCCGCACAUCAUUACCGUGAUGCAAAGACUCCCGCUAGACCCUAUUCACCCUCCAGUAACACACAGGUUUUAAUGGUUUUGGGCCCAUUGGCCACAGCGCCCAGCGCGCAAACGUAUAGCUUGCGUGAGAGGGAAAUACGGCCGCGGUCAGCAGCUUUCAGAAUGGACCCUUUUUAAAACCUUAUUCUGGCUCUUUCGUUUGGCCUGGGAGCGGUGGGUUUUCUAACCCCCAGCCCUUUGUCCCCCCCACUCCCCAAUGUAGCACCGCUCAAAAAGAGCUGCGUGAUGGGCUUGAAACCUGCAAAGGUGCACGUGCGUGCAUGAGGCAGAGGUGGAGAGGGAUUAUUGUGUGAUAGAGUUAGGCUGGUGUAAUUCCUAUGGCACUGGAGCAGUCUACUCUGUUAGCAGCAGGGUGCAGGCAGGGCAAACGGAGGGAGCCUCAGCCAUUUUAUGUCACUGAUCGAAAACAGACAGUGAAGAAUGGCGUUCACAUAAACGCCUCACUGAGGUAAUGGGGGAGCACAGCUCCUAGCCAGCAUUGUACGAGAGCUCCUGUUCAAGUUCUGGAGAAGACUGGAAGCCAUCACAUCACCAGUAUGUGAAGUAAAGGACGCACCAGUGUGACUUGUUGGUGCCAAUUCAGACCGGUAACAUGGAUCAGCUUUUCCACUGUAGGUCUGCAUUGGCUUUGGCCUCACCUAGGAAAUCCACCUUUAAAUGUUGUUGUUCUUUGAAAGGUAAACAGGCCAAGAGCUCAUUCCAAAGGGCCCCACAGCUCGCCCCAACGAACGUUGUAUGAAAGAGCUUGUGUGUCCGUCCCUGCAGAACGACCCUUCACCUUAAUGCAAGCACAGUUCUGUCAUCCUGAACUUUGACACAGCGGUCCUUAACAGCCACGGAUGUUUUUCUUACAAUACACUUUUACCUUUGAGAAUGUAUGGAGUUUUUUUUUUUUUUGGGGAGAUGCAGAAGUGGAAUGAUUUUGUUAAUGUGAAACUGUGAUGUGUGACCGCUCCUGCCACCGUCACAGUAAACUUGUAUGGAUGUAUUUCUCAGUAUUAUUAGGCUACAUGGGGUGGCACUUAAUGCUGGGGGCAGGGAAAUCCCUGUUUGUAACCCUUCCACAAAUGAGCACCCACUGUCCUGUAUCACCCUUUCGGAGCAGAAGGCACAAUCUCUUUGAGAACCUUUAUGUUUUAUUGUAGUUCUAGUAUCCCGUGAGUAGUCUGCCUUUUGUUCUGUCCUGAGAAGUCUCCGUUACCAAUUUGUGUCACUCAAAGUAUAUCCCUUGUGUUCAAGUGUGCCCCACCACCGUGUGAAAUUCCCAUAUGUGCACUGCACACUACAUGAGCCAAUUUUACCAAACACCUGGGAAUGCUGUUUUAAUGAUUGAGAUGGGAUCUUUACCUAGAAAGAGAACAACAUUUUGUAUUUUAUUUAUUUCUAAAAAUAAUAUUAUAAUAAUUAAAAUUAUUUAAUAAUAAAUGGUGAGUUUAUUAUCCCCCCCCCCCCCCCAACCCUUUCUUAAUAGGCUGACACAGCUCUCACAGGGUGAAACCACGGUACUGGGGGAACUGCUGUUACCUGGCCGGUGGCCCAUUAGUACCGGGUCAGAGCUCAUGUUUUAAUCCCAACCAAGACAACGCUGUGACAUAAGAGUCCAUUUGGGUUAUGUAAUACUGUACCAGACCUUUCGUAGCCGAGGGCUCUAUUGUUUAAGCAUCAAGAUUCUGGGCUCAGUUUUUCAGGCCUUAGAUAUGGUGUCCUCUAUUUACCACACCUUCAGCAUGUUGUUACUGUUUGUCAUGUUUUCACUACACACACUGUCCUGAGCAGAGAGCUCCCUUCCCUCCCCAACAACCCUGUGCUAACACUGAUAAUAUAUGUCGAGCUCACAGACAUGUUUGUAAACUAAGAAUUCUGCAGCAGAAUAUUUUUGGAGACUUGCUGUACAGUAUUUGUAAGCUCUAUUUUUGUAUAUUUAAUUGCUAUUUUGAAAAAUGAGAAUUUUUUUUUUUUUUGCUAAUUUCUUCUUUUAUUCAUUUCAAUAAACUGUUGCAUGUGAUUGACUUGAAAUGUAAAUAAAAAUACCAAGUUUUGGAAUUAA